CAAGCGAGACUCCCUGGGGAAUACGUAACCUACGCCAAUAUAGUGAAGACGCCCAAAUCCCGCCCGCAAGUGACUGACAAGCGGACUUUAUCCACUGUUAACACAAACUUCCACAUGCUGGCGUGUAGUAGAUGGAAACAGCCAGUAGUUCAGUGUUUUGGACUUGAGAAUCGUGACUGAAGUUAUAAUUUACCCAGCGGUUAUUCCUAGAGGCGUAAACUAAAUUAGUCAUCUUGCUAUCAUUACCUGUUGAACCAAAUCCGAGACGCAAACUGCGUCGAUUACACAUAUUUUACAUGAGGCGUUUACAAACAUAGUGGUGUGUCUGAUCUUUCUAAAAUUAUUUUCCUCGUUUAUUAUUGUUCUGCUCUACACUUUCAAUCCAAGCAGGUUCGGAUUUGUUGAUCAACAGCAAUGGGAUUACACCCUUUGGAGUUCAGUGAAUGUUACCUGGACAGUCCGUCUUUCAGAGAGAAAAUAAAGGCACACGAAGCAGAGCUGGAUAAAACGAGCAGAUUUAUAAAAGAACUUCAUAAGGAUGGAAAGAAUCUUAUCAAUGCCACUAAACAGCUGGGGAUGGCACAGCGGAAGUUUGCCCAGUGCCUGGCAGAGUUUCAGUUCCAGUACAUCGGAGAUGCCAGGACAGAUGAUGAGAAAUGCAUUGACGAAUCGCUGCACGAGUUUGCUUCCUUCCUGAAGAACCUGGAGGACCAGCGGGAGCUGAUGAUGAGGAACAUCACAGAGACGCUGCUCAAACCGCUGGAGAAAUUCCGCAAAGAGCAGCUGGGCUCAGCGAAGGAGGAGAGGAAGCGGUAUGAGAAGGAGACGGAGAAGUACUACAGCUCCUUGGAGAAGCUUCUGACUCUCUCUGCCAAGAAGAAAGACCAGCAGUUACAGGAGGCAGACGUGCAGGUGGAGGGCAUGAGGCAGCACUUCCAGGAGGAGUCGCUGGAGUACGUGUGCCGGCUGCAGGAGAUCCAGGAGAGGAAGAAGUUUGAGUGCGUGGAGCCCAUGCUGGCGUUCUUUCAGACAGUUUUUACCUUCUACCACCAGGGGUUUGAGCUGGCCAAGGACUUUGACCACUACAAGAGAGCUUUGCAGAUCAACAUUCAGAAUACAAGGAGUCGCUUCGAGGCCACACGGUCAGAGGUAGAGGAGCUGAUGAUGAAGAUUAAAGACUGUCCUCAGGAGCACAUACAGACCAGCCAGCUCAGCAUCGAGGGAUACCUCUUCAUCCAGGAGAAACGACCGCCCCCGUUCGGCUCCAGCUGGGUGAAGCGGUACUGCACCUACAUUAAAGAGCAGAAGCUGCUGCACAUGGUGACGUUCGACCACCGGUCUGGGGGCAAGAUCGGUGAAACGGAGUCUGUCACCCUCAAGUCCUGCUCAUGGAAGAAUAAUGACGUUUUUGACCGGAGGUUUUGCUUGGACAUCGAGAUAACUGACCGGCCCGGGCUGGUCCUCACGGUCCAGGCCCUCUCUGAAGAUGGCCGCAAGUUCUGGAUGCAGGCCAUGGGCGGGAAGGAGCCUAUGCGUUGUUUUGGUAGAACGUACUCAAAGGACAGAGGGAUUGAUGCACAGCUGGAUGAAGUUGGGUUUUCCUUUGUGAAAAACUGUAUCCAUGCCAUAGAGAGCAGAGGAAUCUGUGACCAGGGCUUGUACCGGGUCGUGGGGGUCAGCUCUAAAGUUCAGAGGCUGUUAAGUAUGAUGAUUGAUGAGAAGAUUUGCAACGAGGUGGAUUUGUCUGUGGCAGAGGACUGGGACAUCAAAACCAUUACCAGCGCAUUGAAGCUGUACUUGAGGAGUCUCCCUGAACCUCUGAUGACCUACGCACUUUACAAAGAUUUUAUAGACCCGGCAAAAUGUGGCACCCCAGAGUCGCGAGUGCUGGCGGUCCACUACCUGGUUCACAAACUGCCGGAGAAGAACCGGGACCUCCUGGGGGUGCUGAUGAGCCAUCUGGCCAAUGUGGCUGCGCACUGUAAGCAGAACCUGAUGACGGUGGCCAAUCUGGGCGUGGUGUUCGGGCCCACACUCAUGCGGCCCCAGGAGGAGACCGUAGCCGCCAUCAUGGACCUCAAAUUCCAGAAUAUUGUGGUGGAGAUCCUCAUUGAGCAGCACGAGAAGAUUUUCACCGACCCCCCCAGCGUGUCGCCCUCCGCUGCAGACCCCUCCUUCGCCCCGACCCGUCAGUCCAAGACCCGGCAGAGCCGACAGAAGCGGCCGCUGGCCGUGUACAAUCCACAGGUGCUGGACAUUCAGGCAGUGACCACGUCCAACGCCGCAGCGUCGGAGGAGGCCUCGCUGGGCAGCACAGAAUCCGUCUCGUCCCAGUCCUCCACCAACACCACGUCUGCAUCCGGGUCGCCCAUGGAGGAGCCCCAGGGGCACCUCAGCUCCAACGGGGGCACCAACCCGGGCACCACCGGGAGCACCAACGCGAGCACCACCGGGGGCACCAACGCGAGCACCACCGGGGGCACCAACGCAGGCACCACCGCGAGCACCAACGCAGGCAACACUGAGGGCACCACAAGGGACUGCACUGGAGUUCGGGGCUGUAUGGUGUCCUGGACGCUGAACAUGGAGCCUGGCGUCUCUGAGACAGCAGCCACACCCGUUACCACCCAGAAUGAGAAGCAGGGAGAGAGUGUCAGGAGCCGGAAGGCCAAGGCGGUGUACCCGUGCGAGGCUGAGCACGACUCGGAGCUGUCCUUCCAGGUCGGGGCCAUAUUCCACGACGUGAUGUACUCCAGAGAGCCGGGCUGGUUAGAGGGAGAACUUCAGGGCAAACGCGGCCUCAUCCCAGAGAACUACGUGGAGCUGCUCUAGCCCUGAGAGCCCACCGUCCCCUCUGCAUGGUAUCCAUGAGCGCUUAUAAUAGACCUCGUCUCAUUUACACGCAUACUGUUUAUGCCUCUGCCUUUCUCUCACAGUAUACUGUAUAUCGAUGGAUGGACCCAGAAACUGCCAAUUAAAAUACCGUGUCAUAUUUUUUUGUUGCAACAAGACUGCUGUCUUACAAUUCAAAGAAUAGUUUGACAGUAGAAAAAGCCUUACAGAUGGUGCUGAGAUGCACAUUUUUAAACUCCCAUAAAAGAGUGUGGAUGUACAUUGUUGUGUUUUAAAUUCAGUUAAUAGACAGCAUGUUGUCAUUUUAAAUGUUCAGAAUUAUUGCAUGCUUUGAUUUUGAAUCUGUGAUGAUUGAAUGGACACAUUACAUGCAAUGCACUAUAUAUUAUAACCACAGUUACAUUAAAAAAAAAAAUCUCUUGCAUGAGAUCACGUGACCACCGUUUACACUCCACUCUUUAUCUGCUGGCUGAUUGGCUUACUCUUCAUAUCAAACCCGUAGGAAAAUUGAUUGAAUCGAUAUAUAUAAUAUACAGUGUACUAUGGUGUUAUUACAGAAGACUACAGGCUCUGUAGCAUGUGUAUAAGGCUUUAGAACUGAAAGGGUUACAGGCUCUGUAGCAUGUGUAUAAGGCUUUAGAACUGAAAGGGUUACAGGCUCUGUAGCAUGUGUAUAAGGCUUUAGAACUGAAAGGGUUACAGGCUCUGUAGCAUGUGUAUAAGGCUUUAGAACUGAAAGGGUUACAGGCUCUGUAGCAUGUGUAUAAGGCUUUAGAACUGAAAGGGUUACAGGCUCUGUAGCAUGUGUAUAAGGCUUUAGAACUGAAAGGGUUACAGGCUCUGUAGCAUGUGUAUAAGGCUUUAGAACUGAAAGGGUUACAGGCUCUGUAGCAUGUGUAUAAGGCUUUAGAACUGAAAGGGUUACAGGCUCUGUAGCAUGUGUAUAAGGCUUUAGAACUGAAAGGGUUACAGGCUCUGUAGCAUGUGUAUAAGGCUUUAGAACUGAAAUGUAUUGUGCAUAUGCACUAAACACCUGCUCUGUUCAGUAAAAAAAAUUGUAUUUUCAGCUCAAAAGGGUGCCAGCAAAAACAUUUUAUUAUAAGCUGUUAACUGUAUAUUAUUUUUUUAAUUAUCUCAAAAGCUGUUUUUCCAAGUCUUACUUUUGUAUUUCAUAUUAAAGAAAAGACCUCAAAUGGAAACUAG